AUGUCCACCGGUUUGGAUGUGAUCGGUGGAAUAUCUGCCGUGAUCUCCAUUCUCGAUGCCUCAAUCAAGCUCUACGACAGUGCUAAGCGCGACGCCAAGUUAACUACAACAUUCGAGGCUAUUCGACGCCGCCUCCCGGUCCUUCUCCAUACCCUCACAACAUGCCAAAUCCACCUAGAAUCAAGCAAGAAUGCACUACCCGAAGACGUUUAUGAAGCCUUGGAGAAGACCGUUGAUAGCUGUUAUGCAAAGGCAUCAAAUUUAAAAAUCAUCUUUGAGAAGGUUAUACCCGAAGAAUGUGACAGAUGGGAGAAACGAUAUUCAAAGGUCCUCCGCAGACUGGGCAAAGGUGACAAGGUCGAGGAACUCAUGGGCGCAAUAACCGAAGACGUCCAGCUGAUUGUCAACCAUGUCGGAACCCAGAAUGUCAACGCCGCCACGACGCAGGGAUACGGCUUUCUCGGACCCGUCGGCACCCAUCUCGGCCAAGCACCUCAUAUCGCCCCGGAACUCUUUAUCGGCCGCGACUCCGAGCUCCAGCACAUUUCUCGCAUUUUGCAGCCUCUGCAGACUCCUCAGACACAACAGCGCCUCUUCCUCGUCGGCAUGGGCGGUGUCGGUAAGACCCAGCUUUCUAUUGCCUACGCGGAAGCUUAUCGCGGAUCGUACGGCUCGGUGUUUUGGGUAAAUGCAUCGUCGGAGGCUGCACUACAAGCCAGUUUUCAGUCGAUUGCCUCUCUUAUCUUCUCCGGACAGGAUCCCGCAGUCUUGAAAAGCAGUAAUAUCGUUGGACAUGUACAUCAGUGGCUAUAUGAUUCAAGAAAUACUCGAUGGCUUUUGUUAUUCGAUGGCUAUGAUGAUCCCGACCUGGAGAUCAGCGAAUAUUUCCCAUCCGCAUCCCAUGGGACUGUCAUCGUGACCACCCGACGACUAGCUCUUGCCGGGAAUACUCUGCGUAUCAAGCCUCUCCGGAGUACUGCAGAUAGCCUGGCUAUUUUGCAAACCAGGUCAAAAAGAGAAAAUGUGCAGUCAGGUAUGGUACAUAUAAAUAUAUUGAAACAAGCCACGACCUUACCAUCGCCACUAGACUCUUUUGCGAAGCGCCUCAGCGAACGUCUGGAUGGUUUCCCUCUAGCUUUGGCUAUAGCUGGAACCUACAUCCAGCUGACAGGCUUGAGUUUCGAGCGCUAUUUGCAAGAGUACGAAGCGUGUGGGGAUAUUGAUCCUUUCCACUCCGCCCCACUCCGGGAAUAUCGUGAGCGUACACCUUCCGCGACCUGGGAUCUAUCAUACGCCGAUCUCAAAGCUGAAGACCCAGACGCUGCCGAAUUACUCAAAACACUGGCCUACUUUGCCAACCAGACGCUUCCGCACGAACUUUUCCUUGGUGGGCUUACAGAUGAUUCCCCGAAAUGGCUUCGUAGAGUGGUUGCGAGUGACUUUACCUUCCGCAGAGUGAUGUCCACCUUGGCCCAAUACUACUAUAUCGAAGUCGAUGAGACGUCAGGAUCAUGGUGCAUGUAUAACUACAUACACGACUGGACCUUGGCAGCACUGAACAAAGAAAUCGACCUGAAAUAUUACUGGUAUGCUGUUGAAUGUGUGCAUACCUGGAUCGCGGGCGUUGAUAAUGAAUCGCUUGGAAAUGCCUCUUUCGCGAGUGUUGCCCGUCAUGCACUGCGGCUAGCGGAACCGCGUUUUCUCCAAGCCGAUGUACUUUCUGAUGCUCCGUCUGAUCGGCUUGAUCAGAUCACACGCAUCGCACUCUUACUCCGACACCAGCAUCAUCUUGGGAAAGCGGAGCAGAUGCAGAGACAGGUGCUCGCUGGGGUUGAGCACGCUCUAGGGCCGGACCAUCCGUCGACCCUGACAGCUGUUCACUAUCUCGGGUGUAUAUACCGCGCCCAAGGCAACUUUCAUAUGGCGGAGCAGUUGCUGACACGGGCGCUAGAUGGGAGGGAAAAAGUGCUAGGGCCAGAAGAUGAGUCAACACUUACUAGUAUCAAUAACCUCGGGAUCCUGUAUCGUGGCCAGGGCAGACUGAGGAAGGCGGAGCAGCUCUUCACACGAGCGCUGGCGGGGAGAGAGAAAGUGCUAGGACGAGAGCAUAGGUCGACCCUCGCCAGCAUCAAUGACCUUGGGAUUAUAUAUCGUACUCAGGGCAGGCUCCCCCUGGCGGAGGCGAAGUUCGAGCAGGCUCUAAAUGGGAGAUUGAAAGUGCUAGGACUGGACCAUGUCUCGACACUCAACACUCUUUUUGAUCGCGGGGUCUUAUUUCGCUUUCAAGGCAAGCUGGGUCGGGCGGAGGAGGCGUUUGAGCAGACGUUCGACGGAAGAGAUAGAGUGCUGGGGCCAAAACACAGGUCCACCCUCGCCGUUGCCAAUGAUCUCGAGGCCCUGUAUCGUGCCCGAGGAAAGAGGAAAAAGGCGGAGAGUGUGUUUCAGCGGAGGGUACAGUAG